AUGGCAAAGUAUAAGCAACGCCGGUGGAAGCUGCGGGCCCGAGCAAAACUUCGAAUGAACAAGAAGGGAGAUGUCACUAAACUGCAGUGCUUGAAUCCUCUCCCUCAAAGGUUAUUGGAUGGUCUUCCUCCAAAUCCCCCCCACAGCCAAAGUAGCACUUUCUCAGUCUGGCCGUUAGUCCUCCCCAGUGUAAAGGAUGCAGUAAGGCCCUUGGCAAUGACAGCAUCAUCUUUGUAUUGGUGGUGCCAGAACAGUGUUGCACAGAGUUUUGAAGUCAUCAAAGACACCAUAUUUCCUUCACGGCUCUACCUGCGGCAACUGAACAUGCUGAAGCAACAGGUGGAAAAGCUGGAAAUUGAAUUUUCCAGACUACAAGGAGUGAUCCAGAUGAGUGGGACUGUUGUUAGUUCCUCAGAAAACUCUCUUUGCCAAAAAUGUAAUAAACCAUUACUAGCUGUUCCUGUCUGUGCACAAAUCGGCUUGGCAGACCCGGUAUCCCUGCCUUCUGCAGGAGUGCUGCAACCUGCAUCUGCUCCUCCACCUCCACCACCUCCUCUUCCUCCACCACCACCACCACCACCUGCACCUUUACUACUCAAAAGGGGCAAUAGCACAAAAGCACUUCAGGCUACAUCAGUAAAAGAUGGGCCCAUACAAAUAACUCUCAAGGAUCUCCUGAAUGUGAAACUAAAGAAGACACAGAAGUACACAGAAACAGACCAGGCAGGAUCACCAAUGAAGCGCAGGGCAUUAAUUACAGUUUCAGAUUUACAAAGCAUUAAUCUGAGACCUAAAUCCAAGCUCCUACCAGCUCCCAUUACAAACCUCCUAAUCACUCCCAGCAAAAAUCAAAUAGACCUUAGAAAACAUCUUAAGAAAGUCAGUAUUCAGAGGAGUCCUGGUGGAACUCCAUUAACUAACAAAGAAAACAUGGAAACCGGCACAGGAUUGACUCCAAUAAUGACACAGGCACUGAGGCGCAAAUUUCAGAUGGCUCACCCAAAGACUCCCUCUCCAGCUCGGUUACAUACUGCAAGCAGCUUUGAUGAACAGAACUAG